CAAUCGAGCAUGUAGCAGGUUGGAGCAAGCAUUCUGCAUCUCGCAUCUCGAAGCUCUUCACUUCUAGCAGACGCUUAGUACCUCAUCCAACCAGUCAAGAUGGUCAACUCAGCACGAAAGAAUAUCAUGUCGCGGCGCAACCAUCGCGAGCGCGCUCAGCCGUUGCACCGCGCCAAACUCGGCAUCCUUGAGAAGCACAAGGACUACGUGCACCGCGCGCGCGACUACAACUCGAAGAAAGCGCGUAUCAAGAAGCUCCGUGAAAAGGCUGCUUUCCGCAACAAGGAUGAGUUCUACUUUGGCAUGGUCAAGGGGCGGACGGAGCGCGGAGUGCACAUCCAAGACCGCGGGAACGAGGCGCUGUCCGUCGACGUGGUCAAGCUUCUGAAGACGCAGGACAUGGGGUAUAUCAAGAUGCAGAUUGCGCAGGACGAGAAGAAAAUCACUCGGUUGCGCGCCCAGCUGGAGGUGACCGCUCCUGCAGGGGGAUCGGAGGAGUGGGGCGCGGCACAGGAGCUCGCCGAGGUGGAGAAGCUGGCGGAGAUGGGCGUCGUUCUGGAUCCCAGCGCGGCCCUCAAGUCGAAGAGCAAGGGGAAGGGCAGGGCGCGUGACGCUCCGUCAACCGGACACGUCGUGUUCGCUGAGGACCGGACAGAGUUUGAGGGAUAUGCCGCGAGCGGGGAGAAAGUUGAGGAGGCCGAGGAGGAGGAGGAGGCCGUUGACCUCGGAUGGCUCGAGCCCGAGUCGGCCAAGAAGAGGAAGGCCGUGAAAUCGACAGAUGCCAAUGACGAGGCCGAGGUGACCGAGGAGGAUGCGAGGAUACACCGCCUCGAGAUGCUGGCUGAGCUAUCGGCGUUGCUGGGACGUGUGCGGACACUGCGCCAAGUCGAGACACGCAUCGCGAAUCAGAAGGGGCUCAUGGGCAAGGGGGCUGCACGGCGCGUCCGCGACGCAGGCUAUGUGGAGGACCCGAGUGCGCCGGAGGACCGGAACGGAGACCGGAAAAAGUGGCAGGAGAAGAUGUGGAAGUGGAAGCUGGAGAGGAAGAAGUAGAGUUGGCCUAGAGUGUGAUCGGCACCCGCC